GAACCAAUAGAAGGCUGCGGAGGGUGACGCCAUGGACAUGGCGGCCACAAUCAGUCGGCUGGUGGACGUGUCGGGCUGCGGGGUAACUUUGGUCUGUGCCGGGGGAGAGGAGCAGCAGCCUAAUUAGCAUCUGUACCCAGGAGGCAGAGCAUCCCGCCCUUGGGGAAGGCGAGCGUUGCGACUAUGGCUUAUCACUCGGGCUACGGAGCCCACGGUUCCAAGCACAGAGCCCGGGCAGCUCCAGAUCCCCCGCCCCUCUUCGAUGACACAAGUGGUGGUUAUUCCACCCAGCCUGGGGGAUACCCAGCCCCAGGAGCCGAUGUGGCCUUCAGUGUCAACCACUUACUUGGGGACCCAAUGGCCAACGUGGCUAUGGCUUACGGCAGCUCCAUCGCAUCCCAUGGGAAGGACAUGGUGCACAAGGAGCUGCACCGUUUUGUGUCUAUGAACAAACUCAAGUAUUUUUUCGCUGUGGACACAGCCUAUGUGGCCAAGAAGCUAGGGCUGCUGGUCUUCCCCUAUACUCACCAGAACUGGGACGUGCAAUACAGUCGUGACAUGCCUCUGCCCCCACGGCAAGACCUCAACGCCCCUGACCUCUAUAUCCCUACAAUGGCCUUCAUCACCUAUGUGCUGCUGGCUGGGAUGGCACUGGGCAUUCAGAAAAGGUUUUCCCCAGAGGUCUUGGGCCUGUGUGCGAGCACAGCUCUUGUGUGGAUGGUGAUGGAGGUGCUAGCCCUGCUUCUGGGCCUCUACCUGGCCACUGUGCGCAGUGAUCUGAGCACCUUCCACCUUCUGGCCUAUAGCGGCUACAAAUACGUGGGGAUGAUCCUCAGUGUGCUCACAGGGUUGCUAUUCGGCAGUGAUGGCUACUAUGUGGCCCUGGCCUGGACUUCGUCUGCUCUCAUGUACUUUAUCGUGCGCUCUUUGCGGACAGCAGCCCUGGGCCCUGAUGGCAUGGGGGGCCCAGCCCCUCGACAGCGUCUCCAGCUCUACCUGACUCUGGGAGCUGCAGCCUUCCAGCCCCUCAUCAUAUACUGGCUGACCUUCCACCUGGUUCGGUGACCUGUGGUCCCAAAUGGCACUGAUUUUUCCAUACAUUGAAGAGUUGGUUUCCUUGA